AGCGGAAGGAGGGAUGGGGGUGGGGGAGCCUAACCAGCACUACCAACAGAGUUUACAAGGUAUCAGUCGUUUUCAUUAAUUAACGUAUUGUUAACGUUCAAACCAGGACGGUUAGUUCACCUGGCAACAUUUCCUUUCUAGUUCUUCGAUGUCCUGUGCUGUUUGCACCAGCAAACGGCAGACUGGAGAAUGCGGCCUGUGGAAAUGUCUAUGGACGUGUCUGCCGCUUAGCGUGUUACAAGGGGUAUGAAUUGAGGGGAUCUAUUGAGAGAAAGUGCGACAGGAUAGCAGGUACAAAUGUGGUACAAUGGACAGGAAAUACAACUUUUUGUGAGGGUAAGUUACUAUGGGCAUAUCUUGUCGAUUCCGUCAUAGUGGCCCGUGAAAGUUCCAGUUUGAAUCUCAACAUUUUCAUCUGUAAAUCCUUAUUUGAACUUUCGUUGAUGCGAUGACCUGUGCAACAAAAAUAUCUACAGGUUAACGAAAACUCAGCAAAUUGUAAAGAAUUCAAACGAGUAUAGUAAAUAAUGUGGACCGUUCUGUUAGGAUGCAUCGUAUGGUCAGCCUUUUUUACUUAAAACACAAAUGAAAAGCUGUUAAGCCCAACUUUCAGAUUUUUCGCAGCUCUCGACGUUUAUCUGCUGUUUCUGUAGCAUAAAGCGUAUCCUCACCAGCCCCCCUCCCCCCUCGAACCCACUCUCAAGCUUCUGUGAGGUAGCUACAACAAUUAAUCGGUAUCAAUUGAUAUUCCAGGGUAGAUUCACUAAACUUCACACCACCACGCCUUCACAAAACCUUUUUUUUUAUAAGCUGUCUUAAUCUUGUUUUGUUUUGUUUUUUUUGUUUUGGUGGUUUUGGUGCUUCUUUCAAUUAUAUGAUAUUUUUGUCUCAGCUGUUCAAUGUCCACCUCUGAAUACUUCCGACCACGCCAUUCAGUCCGGGUACGGCUGCAGUGGACCAAGCUCUAGCUACAGCACAUCCUGCUUUUUCAGUUGCAUGUUGGGAUACGAGGUUGUAGGGGGAUCACAGAAAAGAACUUGUUUGGAAACUGGACAGUGGAGUGGGACCGAACUUCAGUGCCAAGCAAUCACCUGUCCUCCAAUUACCAUUUCAUCGGAAGGACUAGACAUCACCCCCUCAUUCUGUACCAAUGGAAGUGCUGUCAUUCAUUAUGCAACGGAUUGCCGAUUCACGUGUAAGAGCGGAUAUCAACACCAUGGGCCUGGUCUGAAGACUUGUAACCAGCAGAAGACCUGGUCUCCAUUGGGAAAUCCGUGGUGCAAAGAUGUCUCAGCACCAGUAUUCUCAAACUGUCCAUCAGAUAUUGUAGCCAACGCUGACAGAGGUACAACGUCGACACAGGUCACGUGGUCUCAUCCUACAGCUGCAGACAACUCUGGUUUCAUUUCCAACAUAACACACUAUGGGAAACAGCCUGGGGACACAUUCCCCGCUGGAGAACAUAACAUCCGGUACUUGGCCUCAGACAAAACGGGGAACAUUGCCGAAUGCAAAUUUAAAGUUUUUGUUUUAGGUAACUGCCUAGAGAUGGUAGCUGACAUACUUUUGGAUAAUCUUUAGGCACUUUCUAGUCGACCAAAAAUUCCAGUCUGAAAGUCCGGAAAAUUCGAAUGGCGAAUUGGACAGCAUUUUCGGAAUUUCCCAGUUAACCGGACAACCUCACGAGGCACAAUCAAAUUUUCCUCGUGUAAUUGUCGAGUUUUCGAUUGAAUUCUUUGUAUUUCGGAAAUGUAACAAAUUUCAAAUUUUCCAAAAACGUCUGCGGGAAAUUUCCGUACCACUCAUCCACAUUUCCAAAGUUCUGCAAUGCUUAGUGAUAGAAAAACGCUCUUUAUUUACCAUAUUUACUUUGCUAGCAAGAGCGCUUCUGAUCGAACGUCAAAAAUAUCAGCUCUAAAUACUGAAAGGGCAUGGUAACUUUAAUUAACGAUGGUAUCCCAAAAAAUUUGAGUUCGAAUUGAAAAAAAAAAUGUAAUUUUGUUUCACAUAGGCUUCAAAUGUCCAAAUUUUACAAAAGACGUAUGGGGUACCACUAAGAUUUUUCUUUUUUUUUUUUGCCUUUGAUUUUAUCAUAUGCCAUGCAAUCACUCAUUUUAUACCAAGCAAAACAUGAAAACCAUUCGUAUCGUUAUUAUUCGUCCCCGGAAAGGGAGUGUAUUCUACAAACUUUUAUAGCGGGAGGCUUCGACCCGAGGGUCAAUCCCUUACCUUUUUGUAUACCAUUUUGAGAGAAAAGGUACUCCUCUCGUAUACCUUUAACUGAAAAAAGUUGUCCCUUCACAUACUUUCAUAACCAGCCCGUAUUAUAAAUAAAUAGCCAAAAAAAAAAACAAAAAAAAACCCUUUUGCCAUUUUCAUGUAGUGCUUAACAGUAACAUGUAGUCAUACAGCCAUAAGGUGUGUCUGUAUGUACGAAAUAUCCUAAUUAAAGUAUGACAGAUUUCCUUAGCCUUUCAUAUACUUCAGCUUGUUAAAACCUUACCCUUUUAUAUACCUGAAGCCUGAAAAGGUACCCUUUCGGGCCGAGCCUCCCCGUAUAGGCCUUU